AGGCGUCACGUGAAGACGCCUAGGCACGUAACGCGCAGCGAGCUUACGUACGCACGCACGCAGCAGAGGAGCACUGCAGGUGACAGCAGUUGUUGUGCGGUGAUGAUGUAAUGUUGCUACGGAUGGCGGUGUGUGCCAGGCUCUGUGGAGUGGGUCAGUCGCGGCGGUGCAGGAGGCGGCAGAGGCACAGCCAGGCGGAUCAGGACAGCGACUCCGAGAUGGAUAUGGACGAGGAGGAGGAAGAGGAGAGGGUCGUGGGCAAAAUGAAAGACGAGCCCGAUGGCAGCAGCAGCAGCUGUCAUAACAGCCGCGGUGCGGGGCCUAGCGGGGCCGGUGGACCAGGUUCUGUGGACUCUGCAGGGCCACCACACCCGCAGUCACUGCUGGAUCUGCCGCCGGAACUUCUAGUGGAGAUCUUCUCUUCUCUACCGGGCACUGCGCUACCUAACCUGGCUCUCGUGUGCAAGAAAUUCAGGCAGAUUCUGAACACGGAAACAAUCUGGAGGAGGAGAUGCACAGAGGAAUUUGGCAUGAGAGAUGACCUGCGGAAGAUGGAGAUUGUGGGCAUGUCGAGCCGAGAUCUGUAUGUGAAACGUGUGAACCCGCAGGUGAAGUCAGGACGCUUUAUGAAGCUCCUCCCUGAUUAUGAGCAUAUGGACUAUCGGGACGUGUACACACACUUGUUACAUCCCUAUAGACACAUCCUGGGUCUCUGGCAGCCUGAUAUCGGCCCCUAUGGAGGACUGCUGAAUGUGGUGGUUGAUGGGCUAUUCAUCAUAGGCUGGAUGUAUUUACCACCCCAUGAUCCCCGUGUGGAGGACCCCAUGCGUAGACGGCCCCUUUUCCGUAUACAUAUGUGGGAGAAAAACAAAGCCACAGUAGAAUGUAUGUACGGACAUAAGGGCCCUCAUAAAGGAGACAUUCAGACUGUGAAGAAAGAUGAAUUCUCCACCAAGUGCAACCAGACUGAUCACCAUCGGAUGCCUGGAGGAAGGCAAGAGGAAUUCAGAACGUGGUUGGAGGAGGAAUGGGGACGAACUUUGGAGGACAUUUUCCAUGAGCACAUGCAGGAGUUGAUCCUCAUGAAGUUCAUUUACACCAGCCAAUAUGAUAACUGCCUGACAUACCGGCGGAUUUAUCUGCCCCCGUGCCUCCCUUCAGACCUUCUGCAGCCAGGCCUCUUCAAAGGGACGUAUGGCAGUCAUGGCCUGGAGAUUAUUAUGCUGAGCUUCCAUGGCUCCAAGGCCAAAGCCACCAAACUUACUGGGGAUCCCAAUGUCCCAGCUGGUCAGUUGACGUUAGAAGUAGACCUGAACCGCCCGGUGCGUCUACCAGACCUGGAACACCAGCGGAGCAUGGAAGAGCUGUCUCGUCUGGUGCGGGGGGUGCAUGAGGAGGCCCAGAGCGGUUCACAGGGCCGGGACGCCCAAUCAGAGGCUGCAGAGGUGGCCCCCCCUGAGGGAGUGGAGAGCUCAGAUUCAACCUCCCCUGCUGAAGCGGAGGGUAUCGAGCAGGGAGCUGCUGCCUGCAGCGCCGCAUCUGAACCUCAACCUUUUGUGCUGCCUCUGGGAGUCAUGGCCCGUAAUGAAGUGUACCCUCGCACCUGCAAGAUGUGUUUUUAUGGAACAGGCUUGAUCGCUGGCCACGGCUUUACAAGUCCAGAGCGCACACCGGGUCUGUUCGCCCUGUUCGAUGACGACCGCUUUGGCUUCAUUUGGCUGGAGCUCAAGUCCUUCAGCCUGUACAGCCGGCUGACCGACCAGCUGUCCCACGCUCAGGCCCCCAGCAUGGAGCGCUUUGAGGCCAUGCUCCGCAACAUGCAGUCAUGGACAUCCUGAUAGCCAACCUCACACUACUGUAGCCAUCAGGCACAUACUCUGAUAUUACGCUCUCCGCCAGACACCAUCAGGGACCUCCCUGUUGACACACACAUACACACUCCUGCUUGCAUCCGCACAGCUGUAUUUACAGCGACAUGCCCAUAUGGUUGUAUUAUAUUAGGCCUUUCUUAUCAGCUUUUUAAUUAAUUUAUUUUUGUAACCUGGAAAUGGUCGACGAAGAUGACGACAAUGUGAAAAUUCACCCGUAUACUCUGCUGAGUGUGCCUCUGACACCUUUAUUCAAACUCUGAAAUCCUGUGGUUUUGUGCUUUAGAAAAAUACUUCAAGCGUUUGUCCUUAAUGUGGCAACAUCUGCGGUUGCUUUUAAUCGAUUUUAUCCAGUUUACUACUUUUGUUUUUUCUUUAUCCAUAAAAUCCUCUCUGUAUUUAAAAAUGCUUCCAUUUUUUCGUAAACUUUCAUUGAAAAUGAUUGACUUCCAGCUGCUUUGUCUCUGCAAACAUUGUCAGUUUUUAGCCCCAUAAUGCGUCCAUUAAUACGUAUAACAUUCAAGAAAACAAAUUAAAUCUUUUAUUUAAUUUAUUUAAUUUAUAUUUAUCAUACAGUUAAAGUUCCAAGCGAAUAGCUAAUUGGUUAGCUGCCAAAUUUUACGACCACGAUGACUGUCUCCUCUUCACACGAUAGUGAUUCUGUUCAUCUAGCUGUGCAGCUCUCUUCCAAGUGCUCUUCCCUACGCAGCGUAGACGUUUAUCGGAGGCAGAAUUCCUCCGACUAUACUUUUGUAUUUGACUGCAGCAUUACUAGCAACUGAAAAUGGAAAAAAAAAAAUCACUAUAAAUGUAAAGUGAAUAUAUAUGUAAAUGCAUUGAAAAUAUUUAAACAUUUAUCAGUAUAUUUCAGCUUUGUUUUAGGGAUGAUUGUAUAUAUAAUCGAUGAACUAAUUUACGUAUUAUCGCCUGUGUUUACAACAAGUUGAGUGAUAAAUGUUUUAAGUGGAAUAUUCUCCUAGAAUUGGCCGUUUACAUGGACUGAUAUCAUACAACUAUUGAUUUUAUUCCAAAUAAGAUGUUUGCAUCGGCUCAUAACUAUUUGAAUUUCAAAGCAUUUGUGGAAACAUGCCAGUUUGAUCUUAUGUACUUCAGUUUCUCAAUUCCCAAUGUAUAACAUCAACCGCCACCCCCCCCCCCCCAUUUUUUUUUCUUGUUCAGUGUCCUGAUUCACAAAUUGAUUGUAUUCUACAUAUGUAAUUUUAGCUGUUUAUGUUGGCUGCUAAGUAUGCAAAUUAUAUUUCAAAAGCAUUUGUGAAAACACAUCGCAAUUAAUAUAUCAAAAUUUACCCUAUUUAUUUUUACCCCUGACUUUAAGUCUGAGUUUCCCUCCAAUUUUAAUGACAAUUUAACAAAGCACUGUGUCCAAAAUGGCAAUUUAUACAUUUGUGCUGUUGCAUUUAUUGAUUUUAUUCUAAAUAUGUAAUUUAAGCUGCUUAUUUUGGCUGCUAACUCAUAUAAUACUGAUUAAUAUGUCAACAUGUACCCUAUUUACAUAAAUUUCUCAAUUCUGAAUGGAUAAAAUCCCCCCCCUUUUUUUUCCUUGUUCAGUGUCGAUUCACUGAUUCACAAAUGGGUCGUGAAUGCUGUUUCUUGUUGACUUCAAUUCCGAGUUUCCCUCCAUUAUUUAUAUGUAAUGAUAAUUGAGCAAAGCACUGUGCCUAAAACUGUAAUUUAUACAUUUGCUGUUCUUUAAUUUCCUUAUCUUUUAAGUUUGUAAUUAUAUUGAAAGUAAAACGUGUUGUCAAUAAGUGUGACCAUUUUAUGUGUAACAAAACCGAUCCAUUAGCGAGUCAAGCGUCCGGUAUGGGUGAUGUUAAUCUGGUAAUAUGGAAAAAAAUUGACUUGUUUGGAGAUAUUGUCAAUAGUUGGAUUAUUGUCAUCUAUGUAAAUUUGCCAGUUACAAAGUCUCGAAGCGCAAAUUCAUGACUAGUAUGCACCCCGUUGCAUUCAAAUUCAGGGAGGUUUGCAGCUUUAGCCUUCGUUUGUUCUCAAUAAAAUGGAGGAAAAUCCUAAA